AUGAACAAAGCGUCGGCCAUAAAGAUCUCACAACAACGGUUUUCAAAACGCUGGGAAGGGGAAUCGGAGAUCCGUGAGGCUGCUUCCAUCCUGAGUCUUCGCCCGCGGAUAAGGGUGGGCCAGCUUGCAGACAGGAUCUCCGAGUUGUCGUACAAUUCGUGGAAGGCUGGCCCUAGCACCAAGGUCAUGGCACUGAAUAUGGCGGAAAGCGAGUCUGCCCUGGAGAGUUGGGGAUCCGAAUAUCUCAUGACCCCCGGAAACGAGAAGCUCGACUUGGACAGAUUUCGCUUCCGCAAGAUCUUGCCGGUAUCAGCACUCCAUUUGCAAGAUAAUGGACUGCUACCGAGCAAGUCAAACUCCUGGGCUGCCGCCGGUCAGCGUACAUAUUCCUUUCAAGGCCUGCUCAGCCCUGCUCUCAGGCAUAGCGCCUAUGGUUCUUCAAGGUGCUCGCAGUGUAAUCAGCUAAGGGCUGACAGAUCGGAAGGCGAGGAGAGAGCUACGACGAAGCAGGGGAGAAAAAGAGGGAAAUGGGCUAGAUAUCGCCGUCGCAAGGCGUAG